CACACACUUAUCCAUCCCGCAAGAUGGCAGACGACUCAAGAGACCCACAACUCUCGCGCGUGACCGUCGAGCGCGAAGCCGACUGGCUGCGCGUACAGGCCAACACGGACGCAGCACUCACCGCCGCGUUGGAGGCACGGCUGGCAGCCCUCCCCGGCGGCGCGAGAGGGGAAGCAGCGCGGAGAAUACGGCCGAAGCUCGAGGAGCAGGUGGAGCAGGUCCGCGAGCGCAUGUGGAAACUUACGAAGCCGAACCUCCGAGUCAACGGCUUCAACUACGAGGACUUUGUCGAGACCACUGAGCCGUUCAACGAGAGCCUGGACCGUGAAAUCUGGUCGCUGAAUACCGAGCGAGUGCGCUGGGAGUCGGUCGUGGCGGACAAGCGGAGGAAGAAGGCCGACGAGGUGGCCAACCUGGUCGAGGAUCUCGAGGAGCGGCGGGACGCAGCGACGUGGCGCCCGAGCGCGGGGGACGUCGCUGCGCUACCUUCUGAACCGGGAAAACCGGUGGUCAACCCCGACGAUAUUACCCCGCCCCCGCGCCACGCAGAGGUCAAGGAGACGUUCGAGACGGUCAGCGCGCACUUCUCCGAGCUGACGGCUACCGCACCCCAGCAGCUCGCGAGAGCAGAGCGCGUGCUCGUCGUCCAGCAGGAGCUGGCAAAGCUGCCGGCGUAG